AUGCCUUCGAAACCACAACUACUACAGCGACAACUACUACUGCAAGUACAAGCACUAGCACAAGUACAACAAGUACAACUAGUACUACUAGUAUCACGAGUACUACCAGCACUACAAGCACAAGUAGUACUACGAGUACUACCAGUACAACAACUAGUACCAGCACUACAAGCACGAGUAGUACUACGAGUACUACCAGUACAACAACUACAACAAGUAAGUAAAGUCCAGCAAGUUACGUUAGUACAUCAUAGACUGAAACUCUCACUCUCAAGACUUGCCAGGUUCACAUAAAAUGACUGCUUGAGUUUAGUAUCCUAAUGAGACCUGUCUCACGAAAGGUUCCCGGUAGCUUACUUUUAUAGAAAAUUUUUCUUCUGCUUACAACAAAAGAAUACCUACACUGAUAUUACUUAUGUAUGUAGUACUUGAGCGUGGUGUGAGUUGUUGUCGAAAUAAAUCUUCUCUCCAAUCAAAGUAACCGUGCCCCACUCACAUCCACAGCUCUCUGUGAUAUUCUCAGACAGAAAUUUACGCAAAAACAGAUAGCAAGACUUUUGCAUCACCCGACAUUACCCUUCUCAUACUAUCUAGAUCACCACUUGAAUCUACUGAUCACAACUUCUUCAUGUGAAAGAAAAGUUGAAAGAAACGUAUUCACUAAAACCUUUCUAGCCAGUGAUAAAUCAUUUAUCAACAAUUUUCGCAAAUAUUUGCUUUUUUCUGACGAUACUUCUGCAGAUUGAAUGUGUUAUGAUCUUCAUUCAAGGGGGUAAGUGCUAGCAACCAGCAACCUGGCACCUUGGCACCUGUUCAGCACUUUUCGGCGCUGGGUGCCAGCACUUACCCCCUUGAUUUUUCCCUUCUGAGAGAAAGCACACGUUUAUUGAAGAAAAUAAAAUCAUGAAAAACUCGUAAAAUGUACACUCUAAAAAGAAUAAUUUCCAUACUGAACUUUAAAAAGUUGAGCCAAUAGUACCAAACCUAACGAGUUUCUUCCUGUGUGCCCACGAGAAGAACCUCUGUUGUUAGAGUGUAGUAAUUGAACCGUUUACAAAAGAGAUUAAAAAUAUGAUCAUCUAAAU